AUGAAGGAGCAGGAGGAGAGUUUUGUGCUUUCCCUUGGAGCCAACACCAGCAAGUGCAGCUCUGAAAACACUCAAGCAGAGGCCCCAACAUGCUGGGCAGGAGCAACCAGGGGCGGCCCAGAGGUGGUGAUUGUACCAAUGCUUUUUGGGUUGAUUUUUCUCCUGGGAAGUGGGAACACAUCAGUGUUGGUUGUUUUAGGGCAUCUUCAGCUUGGAGGACACCCAUCACAUAGUGCCACCUACAUCUUCAUCUUGAACUUAAGCAUUGCAGACUUCUCCUUUCUGCUCUUCUGUGUCCCCUUUCAGGCCACCAUGUACUCCCUGCCAGAGUGGGUCUUCUGUGCCUUCUUUUGCAAGUGGGUUCACUACUUGGCCAUGACAACAAUGCUGGUCAGCAUCUUCACUCUGGUGGCUAUGUCUGUGGACAGAUACAUCAUUGUGGUCCAUGCCAAAUGUUCACCCUGCAUCCGCAGCAAGUGCAACGCUGCCCUCAGCGUGGGUGUCAUUUGGCUGCUGUCUCUGCUCAUUGCCAUCCCUGUGGCCCAGUUCCAGGCUCUCAUGAGUGGUCAUCAGCAAGCACCCAACAGCUCUUUCUGCUGGGAACACUGGGCAAAUAGUUCAACAGCCAAGCAGACGUACAAGGUUACCAUCCUGGCAGUGGGAUACCUCCUGCCCCUAGUGCUCAUCACCUGCUGCUAUGCUAAGCAAAACUUACCAACCUCAGUAAUGCAACAUCAUCAAUGCAUCAACCCCAUCAGUUAUGCUUUCCUCUCAGAAAAUUUCCGCAAGGCCUGCUGGCAAGUCUUCACCUGCAGGUUCUUCCUGCAGCCAGUUCCCCCUGAGAAGCUGGCCAGAAUAUGCAUGGAGAACUUCUCUACCACACACUCCACCACUAAGGUGUAA